AUGGACACCGCUAUGGAAGCCAACCUGGGCGCUGCUGGCCACGGUCCCCGCACAGAGCUCAGUGACGAGGACUACUACCCUCAGGGCAGCUGGGACACUGUCUUUCUGAUAGCCUUACUGCUCCUGGGACUACCAGCCAAUGGGCUGAUGGCAUGGCUGUCUGGCUCACAGGCCCGACAUGGGGCUGGCACAAGACUAGCCCUGCUCCUGCUCAGUCUGGCCCUCUCUGACUUCUUAUUCCUGGCAGCAGCGACUUUCCAAAUCCUAGAGAUCCAGCAUGGAGGGCACUGGCCACUGGGCACUGCUGCCUGCCGUUUCUACUACUUCCUAUGGGGUGUGUCCUACUCCUCCGGCCUCUUCCUAUUGACAGCCCUCAGCCUGGACCGCUGCUUGCUGGCGCUAUGCCCACGCUGGUACCCAGGGCACCGCCCAGCCCGCCUACCCCUCUGGGUGUGCGCUGGGGUCUGGGUGCUGGCCACACUCUUCAGUGUGCCCUGGUUGGUCUUCCCGGAGGCUGCUGUCUGGUGGUAUGACUUGGUCAUCUGUCUGGACUUCUGGGACAGCGAGGAGCUGCCUCUGCGGAUGCUUGAGAUCUUGGGGGGCUUCCUGCCCUUCCUCUUGCUGCUGGUCUGCCACGUGCUUACCCAAGCCACCGCUUGCAGGACCUGUUGUGGGCACCAGCCUAGGCCUAUGGCCUGCCAUGGCUUUGCCCGUGUAGCCAAGACCAUUCUGUCCGCCUAUGUGAUUCUGAGGCUGCCCUACCAGCUGGCGCAGCUGCUCUAUCUGGCUUUCUUAUGGGACGUCUACCCUGGAUACCUGCUCUGGGAAGCCCUGGUCUAUUCCGACUACCUGAUCCUGCUCAACAGCUGCCUGAGUCCCUUCCUGUGCCUGGCAGCCAGUGCGGAUCUCCGCGCCCUGCUGCGCGCUGUGCUUUCCUCCUUCGCAGCUGCUGCCUGUGAGGAACAGCCUGGCAGCUUCACACCAACUGAGCCACAGACCCAGGUGGCCUCUGUGAGCCUGACUCCGCCAGGACCGACAGCUGAAGGCCAGCCACGGUUGGAUCCUGUGGGCCAGCCUCAGGUGACUCCCUCUGUCCAGCUACAGUCUGAUUCUGUGGUCCAGCCUGAGGUGAGCCCCUCAGUACAACCACAGUCCAAUUCUGUGGUCCAGCCUGAGGUGAGCCCCUCAGUACAGCCACAGUCAGACUCUGUGGUCCAGCCUGAGGUGAGCCCCUCAGUACAGGCACAGUCCGACUCUGUGGUCCAGCCUGAGGUGAGCCCCUCAGUACAGCAACAGUCAGACUCUGUGGUCCAGCCUGAGGUGGACUCCCUAAUCCAGUCACCAUUGGAUCCUGUAGUUCAACCUGAGGUGAACCCUUUUACCCAGUCACAGUUGGAACCCAUGGAUCAACCUCAAGUGAAUCCUUCAGCCCAACCACAGUCAAAUUCUGUGGUCCAGACUCAAGUGGACUCUCUGACCCAGCCACAGUUGGAUCCUGUGGCCCAGCCACAAACAAACACGGAGGCCCAGACCCCUGCCUAUGGGGCUGAGUCAGUCUCUAACCCUGGUGAGGAAAGCUCCCCGAGUCCAUCCCCAGAUCCCAAGCUUGGGGUCCCUGAGAACCUAGAUGAGCCAGCUGUUCUUGAGGGAGAAGGCCCGAGCAGUGUCCCACCACAAGAGGCCCCCAGUGCCAGUCCUACUUGAGUGACCUGGAAGUCCAGGCUUGCCAGGGCGGAGGAAGAGUCAGAGAGAGCCAAUGAAGCAGCUAGGCGAGAGGUGGGAGCAUGAAGAAACAGUGAAAAA